AUGUGCAUAGAGGUCGUACAAUUGGCGGUAAUUGAUAAUUCCCAAAAACCAAUUAUUGAACACCAAAUGGAUUGGAAUUAUUUGAUUGGUUAUACACACAGUCCAUUAAUAAUUAUAUUGAGGAUAUAUUAUUGGAUCCUUAUAUUAGUUUCAAUUGUACUUUUAGGUUUGUCGUUGAAUUCAUUCGAGAAAAAAUGGAAAAAUUUACAAAAUUAUGAUGGUAAACCAAGACAAAUCUUACUAUUUAUAUUAUGGAAUCUCGCAACUAUACCUAGUGUAAUUUUUUUAUUCUCGACAAGCGGAGCAAGGAUAUGUACAUCAUCAGCAUAUUCAUACCCUAUAACAACAAAAUUAUUGGAUCAUUGUAACGCUUAUAUUAUGUCUCUUUUGCUUGCUUACGUAUUCAUUAUCACUUCAAUAAUUCAAGUAUUAACUCAAUUUAUUAUACUUAACAAUCAAAAGAAAGAUAUCUCAACACCAAAGUUACAAGAGCCAAAGAAAUUGAAAGUCAAAAGAAAAAAACAUGUUAGUAAAAGAAGAGCAAGAAGUAGCGUUGCUAUCACUGAAGCUAGUAUAAAAUUAAGCACCGUUAAUGAAGAUGAUGAAGAAAUGAAAAGUAUCAAAAGUACUAAAAGCGGAAAUAGUGGAAAGAGCAGCAAUAAAAGUAAUAAAAGUAAUAAAGAUCAUAAUCAAAUUGGAAAUGUCAAAAAUGAUGGCGAUAAUAAUGAUAAUGUCGAAUUUAAUGAUGAGAAAGAGGUUUAUUCGAAUGCUUAA